CCACAUAUUUUUGGUUUCGGCUAGCAGCUUCCAUCAAUUUUCUUAAAAAUAGAAACAAGUAAAAGCAGUCCCGCAGAAGCGGAGACUUAGUACUUGAUUAAAGCAACAGCCUGGUGAAUGUUGUCAGAGAGAGAGAUGAAUGAAACAAGCCCUAGAAACGAUGGAGCAAUUGCCCACAUUAUCCUUUCUUCAGGAGUCCAACUAUCUCCCAGCGCCAGCGGACCGCCGUCCCCAAGCACGGAAGAGAACCAGGUUGGAGCUAAUAAUUACAAGAAAGUGGUGAGGUACAAGGAAUGCCUCAAGAACCAUGCAGCAGCCAUUGGAGGAAACGCCACAGAUGGGUGCGGAGAGUUCAUGCCAGAUGGCGAAGAAGGCUCCAUUGAGGCGCUCAAGUGCUCAGCUUGCAACUGUCAUCGGAACUUCCAUCGAAAAGAGAUAGAAUGUGACUGCCCCUUCUAUUCUUACCACUCCACGGUCCUCACCGACAGUAAUCGAAAACUCAUCUUGGGUCCUCACAAUUAUAUUUUGGGAUCACCACAAGGGUACCCUGCAACAGGUACCCUGAUUUCCUCAAGGGUAGAACCGCCUCAGCCGAUGAUAAUGUCGUACAAAGGAGGGCCAAUCCCUUCAGAAACAGAUGAGAAAGAUAAUGGAGGAGUUGCAGCAAGGUCAAGUGGAAAGGUGAGGAAAAGGUUUAGGACCAAGUUCAGCCAAGAGCAAAAAGAAAAGCUGUUCAACUUUGCAGAGAAGGCUGGAUGGAGAAUUCAAAAGCUGGAUGAGUCUGUUGUGCAGCAAUUUUGCCUAGAGAUUGGAAUCAAGAGGAGAGUCCUUAAGGUGUGGAUGCACAAUAAUAAACAAAGCUUGGCUAAGAAAGACAAUAUCUCCUCGGGUUGAAUUAAUG